AUGCCUGGUAUCUUGCCUAUGAAAGUGAUUAAAGUCGGUGGAACUGGCACAACGAGCCGGAUCGCCCAAGCCUGCGAUCGAUGCCGGAGCAAGAAAAUCCGCUGUGAUGGUGUACGACCUUGCUGCUCGCAAUGUGCCAAUGUGGGCUUCGAGUGCCGCACUAGCGACAAAUUGAGCCGCCGCGCCUUCCCGCGUGGAUAUACAGAGUCGCUAGAAGAGCGAGUGAGGACUCUCGAAACCGAAGUCAAAGACUUGAAAGACCUGUUGGACGAGAAGGACGAGAAGAUCGAUGUCUUGUCCCGGAUACACUCAUUUUCGCCGCCUCACCGAGCCGCCUCCGUUCGGUCUCCCUCUGCGUCUGCCACAGUGAAGUCGAGCACUCCGGAUUCAUCGGAGGGUGUGUUUCAUGUACAGCGAUCGACUAUCCGACCAUCCCGGCAGUCUGAGAACCCUUUCGUGGGCUUUUCUAGCACACUGGGAUUUGCUAAUGUUUUUACCGACAAACUUGUCACUGAGGGCAAAUCUGCAACAAAGGUUCCCACAGGGGCUCUCACUGCCUUGUCUACCUCGGUACUCCAAGGUGCCCCUAACCAGAAUGUGAAAACGCCACCCCGAUUGGUGUCGGAUCAGCUGAUCAACAUCUUCUUCCAAGAAUGGGCGCCGCUGUACCCUGUAGUACAUCGUCCGACCAUUCUGAAAGCUUACGGACAGUACCUCAACAAUACUGAAAUCCUCCAGCGCGACGCCCAUGUGAUGGCGCAGCUGAACCUGAUUUUUGGUAUCGCUGCUCUUUCAUCAAUCUCGCGCACCAAUCAAGACCCGACUUUCUUCGAAGAGAACUGGUCGGCAACACUUGACUCGCUCUCAAGUGAAGCGUCAAUUUCCAGCCUGCAGUGCUUUGUUCUUGGUCAAAUAUACUGCAUGACCAAAGGCGAUUACCGCACUUUGCUCCGCUACCGUGCCCUUGGUGUGGAUAUUUGCCACCAGCUAGGUAUGCACGAAAACCAAGAAAGCUCAACCAACCCGCUAGAGGAUGAGACCCGUAAGAAGGUUUUCUGGUCGCAAUAUGUGCUUGAUCGAUUCUGCUCCGCGCUUACUGGGCUGCCUGUCCUGUUGCGUGAGGAGGAUAUCGAGGCUGAGUAUCCCGUUGAUGUGGAUGAUGAGAAUGUCACAGAAACGGGGUUUUUGCCGACCCUCCCUGGUGAAUCCACUCGCAUUUCCAGUGCAAUUGCUCUCUUUGGAGCUGCAAGGAUCUUGAACAAGGCUUUGGAGGAUCUCUACCCUUCAAAAUCGGGUUACGAUGUGUAUGUUUCGAAGAUGCGCUCGCUGACCGGACAAUUGGACGAGUGGCUUCACACCCUGCCGCCACAUCUUCGUCUCGAGUUCAGUCAAGACAAGCCUAGUACGAGCGUCACGAGUAGUCGGUCCCCACUUCUGUCACUCGUCUACUAUUUCAUUCGAUCAUUGAUACAUCGCCCGGCUGUCUGCUACGCUGAUGGGAACAUUCGCUCUCCGUCUGUCCUGGCGCUGAGCGAUUCAGCAAAACAUAUCAUCCAAAUUCUUGAACUACUUGAUGAAAGGCGUUUGUGUCUGUCUGUCUGUAUCAACAGAAGAGAGCUUAUUUUCUUUUCUGGUCUUGGACUCCUCUGGCAGAUGCUUGAUGUGAAAACCGAUAGCAAACUGGGCAAGGAAAGCCAGAAACUGCUUGGAACCGCCAUGCAAUACCUUCAAACAGAGUCGAGUGUGGCGGCUGCUGAAUUUGGCAUGCUGUCGAACACUCUGACUUGUCUCGACGGGAGACUCCCUUCAAUGAGCAAGCAGCACCCGGAGAUGGUAGCGCCAACACAGAAACCGAACAAAUCCCCCAAAAAGCACUUGCAGGCCUUGAAGUCCCGCCUUAUCGCCUGCUCCACCCGCGAUAAGCAGCCUCCAACCCAAUCUUCCCCACAGUCCUCUCGGCGGAACACUAUAUCCGGAACGACGCCCCCACUUAUACCCCAGUCGCUCCGUUCUCCUAGCUGGAGCAGCCUGCCGCCUUCUCAAGCCGACCACCUCCCUUCACAUUACCUGAACGACAAGGGCCAUUCUCCCUUGGACCUAGCUUCAGACCAUCGCCUAGCCGCAUCCUUGGGUUAUGAGCACCCACGCUCUAUGUCCUGCUCUACGCCCUCCGACCCCACAGCAGGUGCCAUCACUAUGGCCGAUUGGGAAUAUGUUCUGAGCGACAUGGACCGUGGUUACUCGAAUAUUUUCACAGGCAUCUACGGUGGCAAAGAAUGCGGCGAAGACCCGGGUCCGUUCGCCUCUAUUGCAGCAGAAUACGGCCGCAAACCAGACGACCUCUCUUCUCUCAAUCACCCGCAGAGUGAUAUGCAUGGCCUUUCCCCUGAAGCGUGGUCUGCCAGUAGUGGUGACUUCGCAAAUAAGCCAGAACAUACCACACAGAGCGUUCUGAGUUAUUCAAGCGAAAGUAUGGGCAGUGCUGAAGAGUCUCUGGCGCCCUAUCCCGAUGUCCGUGUUUGUCCUGAGGACAUGAAUACCAUGGAUCCUUUCCAUGGUUUUGCUAUGCACGGUGGGGAUGAAGUCGAUGAGUUUUCUCUAGUCAAUGGCUGGGACCGACGGCUGGCCGUCUGA